CGCCGGCGCGCUUUAUUCAACGUUUUGAUUCAAGACAACUUCUCCUGUGGGAUUACAUUAGUAAUAUAUAUCUUAUUUAUUUAACAGUUUUUAAUUAUUAUUCAUAACGUCUUUAAGAUAAAAUGGACUGUGUGGAUUUCCCAAGAGUUCUGCCAAAUUCCCCGAGAAAAGCACGGGGACAAAUUCAGGUCAUCUUUGGACCGAUGUUUUCAGGCAAAAGCACUGAACUGAUGCGAAGAGUGCGCCGCUUCCAGAUAGCCCAGUACAACUGCUUGGUGAUCAAAUAUGCCAAAGACACACGUUAUUCUGACACCGGCAUGGCCACGCAUGACAAAAGCACAAUGGAAGCUGUACCAGCAAGUUGUCUGGAAGAAAUGCGGCCUCUGGCAUUACAAGCCUGUGUCAUUGGAAUUGAUGAAGGGCAGUUUUUUCCAGACACAGUGGCGUUUUGUGAAGAGAUGGCAAAUUUGGGGAAGACAAUCAUUGUAGCUGCUUUGGAUGGAACCUUCCAGAGAAAACCAUUUGGAAACAUCCUGAACCUCAUCCCUCUAGCAGAGAGCGUUGUGAAGCUCCACGCCGUCUGCAUGCAGUGUUACAAAGAAGCCGCCUACACCAAGAGGAUAGGAAUCGAGAAGGAGGUGGAAGUGAUUGGUGGACUUGACAAGUAUCAGGCGGUGUGCCGAAAGUGUUACGGAGGUCUGGUGGUGGACAAAGAGAACAAUGCUCCUUUCAGGGAUGAAACGCCACAACAUUUCCUCUCAGGAAAACCUGUGGACUCUGCAAUUCCUAGGAAGCUUUUUUCUUCUCUCCAUCUCUGAACUCAUCCAGAGAUGAAAUUAUUUUUUGUGUGCAAGUGGUGCGUUGGCAUUGGUAGGAAAAUGGAUUCUUAUAUGCGCGUGUGUGUGUUGUAUUUGCAUUUUUUAUGUUUUGGACAAUGUACUAACCCUAAACAUUAUUGGCCCAACUAAUAACUCUGUCAUAGGUUUCACUACACUGUGGUUGUUUGUGCUCCUCGCAACAUCUUUAACAUAUCUUGUCAAAUGUAAUAUUUUUAAUAUAUUUUUUAAUGUAUAAAUGUAUUUGCUGCUUUCAUUUAUAAAAUAAAAUACCCUUAGUGGAACGUUUAGGUCAUGUUUGGCAAGUCAGGAGUAGUUGUUAUUGAAAUUCAAUUUAAAUUGUACAUUGUAUUGUAAUGGUUGGGAGACGAUACUUUGCCCAUUUUGAAAGUUACAGUGUAUGUUUUGAACUCUGCACACCUGUGAUACAUAACUGAAUGCCCUCAACAGAGGACCAAAAUAAAUCCUGACAGGCUCUGAA